AUGUCGUCUAUUUCUAUGAAACAACCCAGUCAAAUUGGUCCGGGCAAUGAUAUGGAUAUGAUAAAAAGUUACGGUGGUUCCACAGAAAAUCAAGAGUCUUCAACUAUGCAUGGAAGCGGUAUUGCUGUACAUACGGUACCAACUGCAGAAAUUAAUAAAAAUCCUGAAGGAGAAUUAAAAUCAGAUAACGAUCAAAUUAAAAAAUAA